GUAGCUAUCUUAUCACAAACUGGCACAGGCAUAUUCCUAUUUUCUAUUAAGUUAUUACAUAGUUUUAGAUUUAAAAAACAGCUACCGGUUACCAUUCCAUAACUGGUAUUUGACCUGAGGAGUCACCAACGGCAGCCAUCUUGACGCAUGUCUCUUUUUUCAAAGAAGGAAACUGUGCAGGAUUGGGGCACACGGUUGCUUCGUCUUUCUACAGAAUAUUUGAUAUCCUGUAGAUUCUAUUUUCUUAAGUGAUAUUUUUGUUUUGUUUUGAUAAGUAAACUAGCAUUGUCCUUACGCGUUAUCUGAACAAGGGAGUGUAUUAGCGGUCUGUUGCAAAAAUACGUUCAACGAUUUGAAGGUUUAUUUAUAAAGGAUUAAUUUUCCAAAUUAAGUGGCCACAAAUAUCGCUCUUAACUAUUGACAUAGCACAAUCGAGCAGAAUUUACAAGGUUGCGGAGCCCUGUGGUUAACAUCAAAGACCUUUGCCCAGUGGGCCUAGGAUUCGAUACUCAUCGCAGCCUCUCUGAGGCCAGACCCCAUGCUGCAGACAUGUGGUAUUAUACCAUCCUCCUGGUUAUGAUAACCCCUGGUGUCUUGGGUGACGCUAGCGUUCCUAAUUUCGACUGUGAUUUUGAAAGUGAUCAGUGUGGAUGGACCUCUGAUUUGUCGAAUAACCUAGUCUGGACCAGGAACUCUGGACCUACUUCAACUCCAAGGACUGGACCGUCAGGAGACCAUACAUCAGGCUCAGGAUUUUACUUGUACAUCGAAGCUGCUGGUGCCAGUACUGGGGACAAGGCGACCAUCAUAUCGCCUACCAUCCCCGCCCUCCCCGCUGGGGGAGCAUGUGUCUCAUUCUGGUACCAUAUGCUGGGGACCACGAUGGGUACAUUGACGGUGUAUAGCCCUCAAAAUCAAGAGAAGUGGAAGAAGGCGGGCGACCAGGGGAAUCUGUGGAUGCAGGCAAACGUUUGGUUGCAGUCCACUUCAAGCUCGUCGCAGAUGUAUAUUACUGGCGAGCUCGGCGGAUCGCAUUACUCAGAUAUGGCCAUAGAUGAUCUGUCAAUAAAAACAGGAAUCGUGUGUCAAGAUGAUUUGCCGGAUGCCCACAGCUGUGAUUUUGAUCAAGAUUUUUGCUCCUGGUCUUCUACUCCUAACCCUAAGAUCAAAUGGAUAAGACACUCUGGUCCAACGCAAUCCACAGGAACUGGUCCUUCAAACGACCAUACAAAGGGAGACAAGACAGGAUAUUACAUCUACGUCGAAGCUAGCGGUGCUGCCUUGGGCGCCAAAGCUCUUCUCAUCUCUGACGUCAUAAAGAACAGUGACAAUGGAUAUUGCAUGGAUUUCUGGUACCACAUGUUUGGUGCAUCCCUUGGUGUCCUGAGUCUGUACCAGAAGAUAGAAGGAAGCGAUGAUCCGCAGACCUUGAUCUGGACUGAGACACAACCUAGAGGUCCACAGUGGAAUCAAGCGCAGCUACAGUUCACUGGCUCCGAUCCAUACCGGCUUGUCGUAGAAGGAGGAAUUUCCUUAGAAAAUAUCGGGUAUGGAGACAUUGCAGUUGAUGAUAUAUCGUUUCAUGAUGGCAAAUGUCCGACACCAAAUCACUGUGAUUUUGAGAGCGGAGAUUGCGGCUACACUCCCGGAAGCGGAAGUAACUUCAACUGGAAUGUCAUCCAGCCAAGUUCAGACGUCAAUACGCCCUCUAUUGACAGUACUUACCGAACUGCAGCAGGACACGUGCUUUUUGCCGAUAUAUCAUCUUUGUCAUCGGGUAACCAGAAAGGGAUUAUAGAGACCGGUAUGUUCGAUCCAACCGGGGUUAAAGGUCAAUGUUUUCAGUUCUGGUACUACGUGGGGACGUCUACCGUAUCUGUACUAAAGGUAUUCUUGGUGAUUGGAGGUGAACGGACUAAGCUAUGGGAGAUGCAUUCUGCUAGCCAUCCUGCAGAAUGGCAUGUUCAAGAAGCAAACCUUAUCAGUACAACACAGAAAAUGAAGAUUUCAUUCGAAGCUAGCAGUGAUAACAUCGACUGGCCAGGCGGUAUAGCAAUAGAUGACAUUACCUUGGCCGAUUUUCCCUGCUCACCUUUUGGUAGCUGUGACUUUGAGAAUGGAUACUGCACGUGGAAGAAUGAAGAAAAUGAUGACGACACUAACUGGCUACGUAAUAAUGGGAUGACGAUAUCGUUUAACACUGGAGCUGAUGUUGAUCACACGUAUGGGACUAUGGAUGGUGAAUACAUCUACUUGGAAGGCUCGUACCUGGAACAGGAAAAUGCGGCCAUCUUGAAAUCUACCGUGUUCACAGCCGAUACAACCCGAUGCUUCGGGUUCUGGUACUUCAUGAUGGGUAGUGGGAUAGGUAAUCUCAUAACACAGAUUACUGCCGAGAGUCUAUCCCCAAAACUGACUCUCAGGACCAUACAAGGGAACAAGGGAUACGGAUGGAAACAAGCUUUUGUUCCAAUACAACCUCUAUCUGGUUCAUACUCGUAUGAGAUCCUCCUAAAAGGAACCAUUGGUCCUACUCCAUACGCUGAUAUUUCCAUCGAUGACAUCACGGUUGAGAACAGGGAUUGCUCAGAUGAAGCAGCUCCGGUUACACACAACUGCGAUUUUGAGAGCGAUCUAUGCUACUGGUAUCAAGAUGAACAAGACGAUUUUAAUUGGGUCCGGGCUUCAGGAGUCUCGGAUACUGCAGGAACCGGACCCGGAGCGGACCAUACCUAUGGAAAUGAUCGGGGAUACUACAUAUAUACAGAAGCCUCUGGUCUCCAACCUGGCAACGUGGCUCGCCUGUUGUCUAAUCUUCUCAUCGACCCAAGUGAAGGUAGCUGUAUGGAGUUUUGGUAUCAGAUGUACGGUAUGCACCUUGGCAGUCUAAACGUAUACAUGAAGAUUGAUGAUAAUGAGACCGCCCUCUGGAGUGAGACAGAGUCCAGGGGACCACAUUGGAUUCCAGCACGAGUGCAGAUUAAUACAACGGAACGGUUCACUGUUAUAUUUGAAGGUAUCAGGGGGCCGAAUUAUCAAGGGGACAUCGCUUUAGAUGACAUUACAUUUACAACCGGCGAUUGCGGCACACCGAGUUACUGUGGGUUCGAGAAUGGACUAUGUGGUUUCACUCAACCAGCAAGUGAUAUCGUACAAUGGGCACUAACAUCGUCGUCGCCAUCUAUGUCAUCACCAACACCAACAACCGCCCCGUAUCUUCCACCAUUUGACGCUACUUAUAGAACACCAGCAGGUCACUUUAUGUAUCUUGAACUUCAUGAUGAUCAGAACAAUAACGAUGGUGGACUGUCGACAGGUGUAUUUCCAACAGGAACAGAUGCAGACAGAUGCCUUAACGUCUGGUUUUAUAUGCAAAAUAGCGUUAAAAUAAGUCUGAAGGUAAACAUGUGAAUACUGUUAUAAGCUAUGGAAAUCCUUGUAUGUGAUUGGUUGAUAGCACAUGUGUAUGUUUCCAUCACUGACAAGACAGUUUAAUCAUUCUCCAGGUCAUACAGUUAGGAUUGACUUCGACGAAUCAAAAUCAGCUAGCUUCGAUUGUUGGUGAAGAUUUGGCAGAUGAGUGGCAUGUAAUACAAGCAGCUCUAUCGGUCACAGAGGAAUUCAAGAUCAUAUUCCAAGCUACAAAUCUCGAUCAAAAUGAGGAUGUCUCAAUAAGCAUCGAUGAAUUCAAGAUUACAGAUGGUCUGUGUCCUCAGCCUGGCAGUUGUGAUUUCGAAAAUGGUUUCUGUACAUGG